AUGGAGGCGAUGCUGCCUGUUCCUGCAGGACUGCUGCCUGCUCCUGCCUCCUGCAGCCUCCUGCUCACCGCUUCCCCCUCCUGCAUCGCCCCCCUGCUGCUGCAGCUAUCACGCGCCCUCGCCCUCGCUGAAGCAGAGCUUCGCCAGAUUCAACAACGAGAGGCCGAGAAUGGAGAAAUUAGGGCAGAGCUGCGGGCCGAGGUGGAUCGCCUGCGCUCUGAACUUGCUGACAGAGAUCAGCAAAUCUCCCAGCGUGCCAUUCCUCGCAUCGUGGCCAUCGAGCACGUGGAAGAAGAGGCCCGUGACGAGGAGGCAGAACUCGAAAUCCCGUCUGCGUCGCCAUCGCUUCUGUUGCCCGGGUGUUCGUCCGAUCAUCGGCCUCGCACCCAGACUGCGUCGCCAUCGAUGCAGCCUGGAACCUCACGACGUGAGCGAUCUAGGAGCGGGAGAUCGCACAAGCGUUCUAGACCUAAUAAGAAAUUCAAGUGCGAGGAAUGUGGCCAAACAUUUGCAAGAAGGCAACAUCUAGAAGACCAUCAGAACACCCAUCAGGAGGAAAUGGGAUACGCGUGCCCAAUAUAUGGGUGCCAUUUCUCCUGCGACUAUAAAAGUAGUUACCACCGCCAUCUGCGGACCCAGCAUGCAAUUAGCCCAACUAGACAUUAGGUCGGUAAUGUUAAAAUUUAUUGUCUAAUUAACUCGUUAAUGUUUAUACGCUUAUGAGCGUAUAUUCAAAUUGCCUGUAUUCUCAGCUGCAAUGAACACUUACCGUAAAGCGAUGUCUCUAUUCACUUGAGACACAGAUACUCUUAACUCAAUAAAAAAUUGUAAUUGAUUCCAGAUCGUUCAUGUAACUACUUCUGUUUCUGGAUUGUGUUAUAAUCGAUCGAGUUAGAAUGAUUCUUAUCUUCAUUCUAUUAUAGAAUUAGUAAAUUCUUAUAUUGUUUGGCUUAUUUGUGAAUGGCUUCAGUACUACUCCUCCAGCUUUGGAGACGAUGUAUCUUUUCGGGCUGUCUUAAUUCCUUUAUUGC